UCAAAAGCAGGUGAAGGGCGAGGGUCGGGGCCAAAGCGGUCAGCGUGGCGAUAAGAGUGGUAGGUCGUCUGCAGCCCCGCGUGAGACCGGCCAUUCCUGCCCGUCAAGCCGUGCCGUGCCGUGGCCGUAACUCUCCCCUUCACGGCUGAUACCAUGGGUAACGUGCAGGCAUCAGGGCCGCCGGCGCCUCCUCCACCCCCUUCACCAGCAGCACCUCUCCCUCCGCCGCCCGUGCCGGAGAAAAAGGAGGAUGACAACCCGGGCCCCAUGGAGGACCUGCACAAGAAAUGCAAAGAUGUAUUUCCUGUGAUGUUUGAGGGUGGAAAGUUCAUGCUUAACAAAGGCCUGAGCAACCACUUCCAAGUGUCCCACACAGUCAACUUCUCGACCAUCCAGCCCCCAGGAUACAGGUUUGGGGCAACAUUUGUGGGGACCCAACAGGUGUCCCCAUCAGAAGCAUACCCUGUCAUGCUGGGGGACAUUGACCCCUCAGGGAAUCUUAAUGCCAGCAUCAUCCAUCAGCUCUACCCCAACCUGCGGGCAAAGUUUGUGGCCCAGAUCCAGCAAAGUAAGUGGCAAGCAACACAGCUCACCUUGGACUGGCGGGGAAGCAACCACACCACCUCUCUCACACUGGGCAAUGUGGACCUGGUGAAUGGUUCAGGAGUGGCCGUCACCCACUACCUGCAGCAAGUCACCAAACGACUGGCCCUCGGCACAGAACUGGCCUAUCAGUAUGGCCCACAGGUUCCUGGGGGCCACAUAGCAGUCCAUUCAGUUGCUGGAAGAUACACAGGAGACAACUUUACAGCCUCAGGCACCUUAGGGGGCACAGGGAUCCAUCUUUGUUACUAUCAGAAAGCCACUGAGCAGUUGCAGUUUGGCGUGGAGUUAGAAACAAGUUUAAGGAUGCAGGAGUCUGUUGCCUCUAUGGCCUACCAACUGGAGAUCCCCAAAGCCAACACAGUGUUCAGAGGAACGCUAGACACCAACUGGACAGUAGGAGCAGUCAUGGAAAAGAAGCUGAUGCCCCUACCCUUCACUCUGGCUCUCUCUGCUAUGCUCAAUCAUCCCAAGAAUCAGUUUAAGCUAGGGUGUGGCUUCAUCAUAGGGUAGUGCAAGUGCUUGUGGGAAAUCACUCAUGCCACAUCCCCUGCCUCUGGCCAAGGGGGACACAGCAGAGUGUGACACCACCUGGUAAAUAUUGUAUCUAUAGAGGGUUUAACGGACUGUACAUAGACACGAGGGAAGGCCUCGUAGCAAACUUCUGUGCACCACCAGUGUGCACCAUGAGCAAGUACUGUGUACUUACGUGAACAAGAAUACGUUGUCAGUAAUGUAACAACCAGUCGUGGAUAAACAGUAUUGUUUUCCUUUACUGUGCCAUUAUUCCAGGAUGGGUUGCCCAUGUUCUGCCACCAUUCCUUAUAUACAAAAAAUUAAGGAGUUUCUGAUUUUAUCUAUGUCAAGGCUCCUUCUAACUUGUAUGUUAGGAGGAAACAAGGUAACAGAGCUUCCUGGCAGCUUAUGUGGGUUUUGUUAUCUCUUUUAUACUAAUUACAACUAGAUAGUUUUACUUUGUUUUGUUUAUUUUCCAAAAUUAUGUCGUCUAGUGGCUUUUGGGCUAUGGAAAGGGGAGUUGGAAGGAAUCAUCAUCCUCUGUGUUUGCCAGCCAUGGAUGAGCAUGUGUGAGUCACUAUAACCAACAGUGUAUCAUGUCUUGGCCAGAUGCCCCUUUUUUAUAAUAGCCUAAGCUGAGGAGAGCCUCAGAUUAUUAUUUAUUCCCUAAUGGGUUUGAACAUAAUUAAUUAUUUUUCAUCUUUAUUAUUGCUGCAUUUGUUACAUGACUGCUAAAUAUAUUCACAUUCACCUGUGACAUGUUAUUUUAUUUGGUGCAAGCAAAAUUGGUGGGUUAGCAUUUUGGCAGUCAGAGAGCAUGGUUGAUGACACCAACCAAAUGAAUAUCAUGUUGAGUUGUGAUAAUUCAUAGUAGUCAGGUGUAACUAACUCCAUAGUCAAUCUCCUCUAUCACUUAUCCACAAUUCUCAGUUAUCCUUGGCAUCAAGGGGAAAGUGGUCAAUAUUUAGUCAAGAAUCUGCUGGAAUAACUGAUUAGUUCAUGUAAAGUACCAAAUAACAUUAUAUAUUUGUGGAAUGAGUUGUUAAAAUGAGUGCAACUGAGUCAUUAUUAGAAUUAUAGAUUUGAGUAUUAUAAUGGCUGUUGCUAACUAUUUAAAGUAUAAUAUUUUAACAUGUACUUGAGAAUAGAGAGCAUUAAGUAGAAGAUUGACGGCUUUUGCUUCAUCUUCAUAAAAAUAUAUACCAUAACAUCGUUAUAGAUAUCCCAUAACUUGCAACUAAAAAGUUAAGCAAUCAGUGGUAGUUGGUGUUAAUGGCAAAAGUUUAUUUCAUAUUAACAGUAAAUGUUAACUCGGUGUACCAGAUCUUAGGAAACUAUUCUCAGUAACUAAGACAUGACCAUCCUCCUUCAAUGAUAAUUGAAUGGUGCAUGUUUUAUCCCCUUACAAAGUUAACAGCUCCUAUAAACUUCUGAAAACACAAUUUAAAGAGUUUGGGUGUGCUACAGUAAUGUGCUGGGCAACCCCUGCUGUUAAGUGACUGUGUUAGCACGUGGUGUAGAUAUCCCUCAUGCACACACAAACCAGACUGUUGAUUUUGAUAAUUGUUACAAUGUACAAAAAAAAAAGAGAAAAACUGCUGUUUUGAUAA